AUGGCGGACGGUGUGAGCAAAACUGUUGCAUUUCUAGCAACUUACUGCGAAGAGCUCGUGCAGUUGCAGAAACCAACUUUGGAAUCGCUGCUGAAAAGUAAUCGUGCGAACCAGGUCAAGGAGUGGAACGCAGCAAAAAACUUUUGGCACCGCAAGGUGGCUACAUUGGCGGUAGAGCAGCGAGAGCUAUUGGAGGACUGGAAAUUUGUUCUUUGUGACAUGUCGAGAUUGGAUGCAGUGGCUUUUUUGUCCCACAUGGAGAGUUGCUUCGACUGCGGUCAUCAGUUUUUAUUGCAAAAGGCCGAAUCCAUGCAGCAGCUCGGGGCAGGAACCUUACAGGGUGUGUUACGCAGCAGAGAGGUGAAAAGCAAUCCCAUGGCCGUUUUCAUUUUGCUUUUAUUAGAGCGUUAUUCUGAAAGCUUUGCACCAGAGCACAAGGAAACCAUUGCGAUGUGGGAAGCCGAAUUCUGUUGGAUCGGUGUAGAAGCACAACAACCAGCUCGUCGGACUUGCACGCUAGCAUUCGCGCGGGCGCAAGAUUAUUUCGCAAAGUUUGCAGCUGAAAUUGUGCAGCUGGAAAAGCAGACCUUGAGGGAUGUGGUCACGAUCACGAGCAAUCAGGCAAACAGCUGCGUAGAGUGGAAGCGAGCUGCGGCUUUUCUGCCCCGGCUCCAGAGAGCUAAGAAGUCACAGCUUGCUCUGCGAAGUCGGCACAUGCUACAAUUUCCGAUGUCGAUCUUUGCCCGAGUAUUUUUGGAAUGCUACAGUGAUGAACUGGCAGCAAAGCAAAUGGAAACCAUGCCCGUGUGGGAAGAAAAGCUGUGUGAACCGAGCGCAGCCGACCGUGAAGCAGCGAGCGCUGGUCGUGCGACACCGAGAGCAUUUGGGCAGCACAGGGUGGUUGAGCAAUUGGUCAUUGCAGGGGUGAUUGCAUAG